AUGCUUCGAAGUUUAAUAGUACCUCGGGCGGCCGCCAGGUCAGCUUUCAGGCAACAGCCAUCCCUUCCUUCAGUUGUCGCCCCUUCAGCCAUUGCGCUGUUGUCGAAGCGAAGCUAUGCUACUGAAGCUGAACAGAGGGACCUGGUCAUCAUCGGAGGCGGUGUUGCUGGCUAUGUCGCCGCCAUCAAAGCUGGUCAAGAGGGCAUGAAGGUAACAUGUAUCGAGAAACGUGGCACACUUGGGGGAACCUGCUUGAACGUCGGCUGCAUUCCUUCGAAAGCUCUCCUCAACAAUUCACAUCUCUACCACCAAAUCCUGCACGAUACGAAGGCGCGAGGUAUCGAGGUUGGAGACGUAAAACUCAACUUGGCACAGAUGAUGAAGUCAAAAGAUACCGCGGUUACGGGCCUGACAAAAGGAGUGGAGUUCUUAUUCAAGAAGAACGGUGUUGAAUACGUUAAGGGGACCGCAUCGUUUGCUGGAGAACACGAAAUCAAGGUGAACCUCACCGAUGGGGGGGAGCAGACUAUCGUGGGAAAAAACAUCAUCAUUGCUACCGGCAGUGAAGCCACACCAUUUCCCGGUCUCGAGAUUGACGAAAAGAGAAUCGUCACAAGUACAGGCGCUCUUGCUUUGGAUAAAGUUCCCGAGAGCAUGGUUGUGAUAGGCGGUGGUAUCAUUGGUCUCGAAAUGGGCUCUGUCUGGGCUCGGUUAGGCUCGAAAGUCACUGUCGUAGAAUUCUUGGGUCAAAUUGGUGGUCCGGGCAUGGACGCUGAAAUCUCAAAGGCCGCCCAAAAGAUCCUAAAGAAGCAGGGUAUCGAUUUCAAGUUGAACACCAAAGUCAUGGGAGGUGAUGCUAGUGGCGACAAGAUUAAGCUCCAAGUCGAGGCUGCCAAGGGGGGCAAGGAGGAGACACUCGAUGCAGAUGUCGUCCUCGUUGCUAUCGGUCGCAGACCAUACACGGCCGGUCUUGGAUUAGAAAACAUCGGCCUCGAGACCGAUGAGAAGGGAAGACUGGUCAUUGACUCUGAAUAUAGGACAAAGAUCCCACACAUUCGAGUGGUCGGUGACUGCACAUUUGGCCCAAUGCUUGCUCACAAGGCCGAAGAGGAGGCUGUUGCUGUGGUCGAGUACAUCAAGAAGGGGUACGGCCACGUCAACUAUGGUGCCAUUCCAUCUGUCAUGUAUACGCACCCGGAGGUCGCAUGGGUUGGCCAGAACGAGCAGGAGGUCAAGGCUUCAGGAGUGAAGUACAAGGUCGGCACAUUCCCGUUCUCAGCCAAUUCGAGAGCCAAGACAAAUCUCGAUACUGAAGGUUUGGUCAAAAUUAUCGCCGAUGCCGAAACUGACAGAAUCCUGGGCAUUCACAUCAUUGGGCCUGGUGCGGGGGAGAUGAUUGCAGAAGGCACGCUGGCAAUCGAGUAUGGGGCUUCGUCUGAAGAUAUCGGAAGGACAAGUCAUGCUCAUCCAACUCUGUCAGAGGCGUUUAAAGAGGCGGCAAUGGCAACGUACGGCAAAGCAAUUCACUAUUGA